AUUUAGGUUGCCUCCAUUGCAUCCAACAAAAAAAACUCAGUACUCGCCAUUGAAUUUUGUUAUUUGAUCAAUAGCAUUCAGUUUUGAGCUCUUGGGGGCGUUAUCGAUACACAUAAAUGAGAACAUUAGCGUUUUGUUAUCCCGUUAUCUCAAGGAAGUUAUGUUGCUUGUAAUAUGUUGAUGUACGCGCGUAACGUUACCGGAUUCCAUUUGUCAAGGCACUUAGCAGCUAGCUCAGGCUAGCUGCCCGUGCUGUAUAUUAGUUACGCCAACUUUGUUUAAUUGCAGCCAUAUUAGUUUGCUACUACACCACACUUCCGCUGAUACUGUCGUUUUUAACAACACUUUUGGACCACAAGAGCUUCAGAGAAUGCUGGCGACGGGAGCAGCUGUAACUAACGUCACAGCCCUGGCCCAGGUAGACCGGGAGAAGAUCUACCAAUGGAUCAAUGAGUUGUCCAGUCCAGAGACCAGAGAAAAUGCCUUGCUGGAGUUAAGCAAGAAACGUGAGUCUGUGCCAGACCUGGCACCAAUGCUCUGGCACUCCUGUGGCACCAUUGCUGCCCUGUUGCAGGAAAUAGUGAACAUCUAUCCAUCUAUAAACCCACCUACGCUUACAGCUCACCAGUCUAACAGAGUGUGCAAUGCCCUGGCACUUCUACAGUGUGUUGCCUCACACCCAGAGACACGGUCAGCUUUUCUUGCUGCUCACAUCCCUCUUUUCCUUUACCCUUUUCUUCACACUGUGAGCAAAACACGGCCAUUUGAGUACCUGCGACUUACCAGCCUCGGAGUCAUAGGUGCCUUGGUCAAAACAGAUGAACAAGAAGUGAUUAACUUCCUCCUCACCACUGAAAUCAUCCCGCUGUGUCUCCGCAUCAUGGAAUCAGGGAGUGAGCUCUCCAAGACGGUUGCUACUUUCAUACUGCAGAAGAUCCUGUUGGAUGACACGGGGCUGGCCUAUAUUUGUCAGACGUAUGAGCGCUUCUCCCACGUGGCCAUGAUCCUUGGCAAAAUGGUGCUCCAGCUCUCCAAAGAACCAUCAGCUCGCCUGUUGAAGCACGUUGUUCGCUGCUACCUUCGCCUCUCAGAUAAUCUCAGAGCGAGAGAAGCCCUGCGUCAGUGUCUGCCAGACCAGCUGAAAGACAGCACCUUUGCCCAGGUCCUGAAGGACGACACUACCACGAAGCGCUGGCUGGCACAGUUGGUCAAGAACCUGCAGGAGGGCCAAGUCACCGAUGCUAGAGGCAUCCCACUGGCUCCGCAGUGAUGGGGACAAAGUGCUUACAGCUGACGCAGAAGGACUCUCAUUACUGUCUAGAUUUUGUAUUUUGCCAUAUGUGGUGCUAAGACUGUCUGCAAAGUGAAGGACAUAAUAGAGGAACAUUUGUUUGCUUUUGGAUAGAUUGAUUAUUUUACACGUUUUUCUGCUAGUAUGUCAUGAGGUCACUAUCACAACUGAAAAUCAGUUUUUUAAGAGCCAGACUGAUAGUGGAUUUUCAAAGCCGAUACUGACAUCGAUAUUUGAGAAUAAUUUAAAUCCAAUAAUGAUAUAUUGGCUGGUAUUUAUGACAAAUGUUUUUGGCAAGAUCCCUCAAAUUUGUUUAUAAAGAGUUGUGAAAAAGAUGUCUGGGGAAGGAUAUUCUACAGUUAAAAUAAUUCACUAUCAAAACAAUUUUUGAACAGUAAACUUAACUGAAAAUUAUAAACAACUACAAGUAACAACAAAACAAAUACUUGGAAUUAAAAAAAAUACCAAAUGUACAUUAUAACAGCCUGUAAAACAUUUAUUGCGUCAGUCAACAGCACUGCAUUUCUAUCUGGAUGGCUGUCAACAUAUCAAUACUAAUACAUCAAUCAUAAGGCAGUAUCUGAUGUUAUCAGCUCUUCCAAAAUAUCGGUCAGCUGUUUUAUUUCCCGUUUAUCACUGUAACUUCCUGUAACAUUCCACUUCAAAGUAGGAGCUGUUAUUUUUUUGCUUCUUUUGUUUCGAAUACAACAUUAAUAUUCUA